AUGUCCCUGCCUGUCUCCCUCGGCGACGUAGUCGUUGUAGUCCAGGGCGCGCUCGAGGUCUACGCGCGCAUCAGCAGCGCCGACGGCAUCAUCCGGCGGCAGGCCGGCAACAUGCAGUCGCACGCGGCCUGGCUCGCGCACGCCAAGCGGCUCCUCGAGACGGACGCGACGUACCGCGCGCGCGAGGCGGCCCUGGCGCCGGACCAGCGGGACGCUCUAUUGAUUCUACUCCAGCGCAUGAAAAGCGACGCCCGCGCCGUCAAGAAGCUCUUUCAGAAGUGGGAGGCCGCGAGCACGCUCGAGCGCCAGUGGCUCGCCGGCUUCAGCCGCCUGCCGGCCGAGCUCGAGCACCUCGACGAGAUGCUAGAUCGUGGCAUUGCCAAGUUCCAGAGCCACCUAGACCUCAACGUCUACGGCAAGAUCGCGAAGAUGCCGGCGCAGCAGCAGCAGCAGCAGCAGUCUGGGACUGCAGCCGCCGCGGUUGGAGGAGGAGCAGGUGGGGAGGCGGUUCAGAAGUGCGGCAUCAUCUUCGUGGACCCGUGGAAUGUGUCCCGGAGCCGGGUCGCCGAGGCCUACACCAAGAUGCUGAAAAGCUGGGCCCUGGAGAAUCCAACUUCGGGGACAGAGAAAGGGGCCGUGGCCUGGCCCAUCGACUUCAUACACUCGGCCGGACUGGAGGUGAAGAACCGCAGCGACUGCGUGGAAUACACCGAAGCAAUCGUGCGCGUGCCCAACAUGACCAACGGAGACCAGCCGCCCAACAUCACGGCCAUGAAAGCGCUCUUCGCGAAGACGCCCAGCCUGCCGAAGACGGCGAUGGAGAACCAGCCGCUGGCGUUGUGGAAGAGCCGCGGGUUGUCGCGGAACAUGUUCAGGACGUACGAUUACGUCGUAGUUUUCACGCGGCAGGACUUCAACAGACUCAGUGCCCUGCGCGACAAGCUCGGCGGGGAAAAGGCGAGGCUCGUCAUCUUGGGGCGGGGCAGGAAUAAUGAGAUCAAGGAGAUCCAGCGGCUAAGGCACGACGACGAGGAGGAAUGGGGUCGGAAGAUAUGGGAGAUUACUGUCGCUGUUAGGGGCUUCCUCAAGCGGGAGUUUGGAUGGACCAAGCAGGGGGCGGCUACGAUAAAGUAA